UCGCAAUACAGAAAACUCUUGUGUGAAAACCGUAUCAAUGCCUUUGAUGAAUCCGUUGCAACGGGUCAAGAAAUGUCUCAGCUUGAUAUAAUGACCGCGAUACAAUUUACGGCCGACGCUUGGGCACGCGUACAACAAUCAACCAUCACGAGGUCGUGGAACAAGACAGGCAUAUUGCCACGCAGUUUACCAGAGGUUCAAUGUAACGAAAAUGACGAGCAAACUAUCCAACAUCUUAUUGACUGUCUUCAAGUUGAAGAACCAAU